GCAUGCUGACUGUUAAUAUUCUCCCGAAACGAUGUGUCAACCACCAGAAAGAGGAUAAACACGAAGCUAAACCACGCGACAGGCCAGGCGCACCACUUAGACAAAUUGAACAUUACUGUCAUGUUGGGGGAAACGUAAGCUAAGCUAGGAGGCUGACUUCUAGUGUUUUGCACUGCAGAAGACGAGGAUACAGGGGCUGAAUGGAUAACCAUGGCAACAGCAGCAGGAGAAGCGGUGAGCAGCAGCUUACAGCAGCGAUAUAACCACUGAACACAGACAAGGCAUCAUACCUCCGUAGAUCUGAAAGGCAAGGGUCGCUGUAGGUUGUGAAGCCAAAGCCUUGUGGAUAUUAGACAGUGGUGGACACUGGUUAUUGCGUGGGGAUUCGCAGCGCAUCAGUGAGUAAGGGGAUGACCUGGAAAAUAUCAUGUCUGAAGUACAGGGGACGUUGGAGUUUUCUGUAGAGCUGAACAAGUUUCACAAUGUGGAUCUCUUCCAGAGAGGAUUCUACCAGGUCCGAGCAGGGCUGAAGGUCUCUCCACGUGUACCACACAGGUUGAUAGCGACAACACCAGGGAAUACAGGUGACUGUAGUUUCAGCUCUGCGGGGGUCCAUGAUGGGGUCCAUGAGGACACUACGGUGUUCAGUCGGAUCUUCCAGAUCCUCUACCGGAACGAAGAGGUCAACGUCGAUGACCGCAUGCUCUUCAAGGUCCACCUAUUGCUGGAUGGGGAGAGGGUGGAAGAGGCUCUGAGUGAAGUGGACUUUCAGUUGAAGCUGGAUCUUCACUUCACAGACAACGAGCAACAGUUAGGGGACAUCGUGACAGUCCCAGUCAUCAGCAGUAGGACCCUGGGUCUCCACUUCCACCCCAGGAGAGGUCUCCACCACCAUGUACCUGUCAUGUUCGACUACUUCCACCUGUCCGUCAUCUCUGUCUCCAUACACGCAUCCUUGGUGGCCUUGCAUCAACCACUCAUCAGUUUUGCCCAUACAGGGAAGGGUUCCUGGCUGGGAAAGGGCUCCCCAGAGAACAGUACUGACCCGUCAGCCAUGGGGGUGUCCAUGGAGAACCUGAUGUUCGGGGCUGGAUACUGCAAACCUGUCAUCACAGAGGGGAGUUUCUACGUCCCCAGUGAGAACUGUUUACAGAGAGCUCACACAUGGCAUGGUAGACUCUGUCGCCUCCUACUGGUGGUACACAGAGGCCUACGUUCCUACUACACCACGGUGAUGAAGGAGAUACCACAGCUGGACCAGGUGGACAUAGACGAGCUUCCUGUGGAAGAAACACUAAAUCUGCUCAGAACAGAAUUACAGCUGCAGGAGGGGCAUGAGAAAGUAGCAGAACAGAUCUGUAGAGACCUGACCCAACUCUGCUCCCAACUGUCGGCCCUGUGGACACGCUUCCUGGAGGCUGCCGUUCCCAACACACAUAUCCUGUCCCACCUGGCCCAGGAACACCACACACUCAGGGUCAGGCGGUUUUCAGAGGCAUACUUCUUCACAGAACACCCCAAAGAGACAUCCCUGACAUUUCAAGAGGACCUGAUCAACAGACACGGUCAGAUAGCUGUGGAGGUGCGUAGCUCCAACUACCUGACCAGGAUGCCACCGUUACCUGUAGAAUGCCUGGAUAUUGACGGAGACUGGAACAGCCUGCCUAUCAUCUUCGAAGAUAGAUAUGUAGAGUCUCCACGGUCAGAUUGGGGAUCAUAUAUACCAACACCUAUGUCCACCAGUGAGCAGGCCAUCCCCGACCCUCCUGUCACUGAUGCCAACAAUAGCCCUCCUCCCCUGAACCAGCUCACCAGCUCACCAGCAAUACCAACCCAGGAACCUAAAGACAGUGAGGACUGCAUGGAUAUGUCUACACACAGGUCUCUCAUAGGAGAGCAGAGCACCAGCAUUAUUACUGACAAGAUAGGAGAGACAUCAGACCCAGACAAGGCAGACACAGUCCAGGGAGAACCAGACCAGGGAGAGCCAGUCCAGCCAGGGGAUCCAGAGGAGCAGGCCAACGCAGAGGAGAAAUCAGAGGAGAGCCCUGGUUUAGGCCUGAGAAUAAUCAGAGUCAGGCCCACUGAUGUGGAUCCAUUCAGAGGAGAGGCAGUGCUAAUGAUCUCCUCCAACCACAAACAGUGUACGGACCCACAACAUACCUCUAACCGUGAAGACACGACUUGGAAAGACUUGGAGAACCACCAGGACAUCAUCACACAGAGAUACCAGAGCAUUAUCAGUACAGGAAUUGACUUGGAUGUAGAAGAGAAUGACAUUGCUAUGGAUGAUGACAGCAAGUAUGUUCCUCUGAGCCGUCUAACCACUUACCCCCAGGCUCCACUCAAAGAUCAUCCCCUCACGCACCCUCUACCUACGGACCUGAGGAGAGAGCUGGCCCACCGAGGGGUGGUGGGGGUGGGGGGCCCCAAGAUAAUGAACCGCUCCCCCUCCAUCAUCUCUGACUCAGGCAUCGAGAGUGAGCCCAGCUCGAUGGCCUGGCUCCUGGACGCUCACCGGACUGGAGGAGGGCGCCCUCCGGAGGAGAUAAUGGUACUGCAGCGCCUGGAGAGGAGACACCCAGCCCACCGCAGCUCCCUGGAGGGCCUGCAGACAGAGAGUGGAGCCAGUGGGGGCAGCCUGCCCGGCGGAGGGGGUGGCAGUAUGGGUAUCCAGGCCUCCCUCACCUCCAUCUCGUCCCUGCCCUACGAGGACGACGAGGAACAGAGGUACCAGCAACAGCUCAGUAAACUGACCAAGUCUGUCUCAGCUCCUCAGAUCUCCAGCCCUGAGGACACAGAAGAGGACCAGGGAGGAGCGGAGGCGGAGGUAGACACGGAGAGCGAGGGGACCAGCGGGUACCAGGACCAGGAGGUGGGAUGCUCCUCCAUCUCCACUGCUCCCACCCAUGUAAUGACUGGGGACUUGAUUAGACACCAGGAGUCCUUAUCCGGGGGAAACUACUCCUCUCUAGAGGACAUCCAAGAGGGAGAGCUGCCUGAGGUUGGUCUGUUGGACUGGGUAGCUGCGCCCUCACUACCCCAGCAUGUGACCAGAGCUCAUAUGGAGAUUUGUCAUGCUCUUAAAGAAACUCUUAGAUCUAAUGAAUCUGCUUUGCCAGUGGCCCUGUUAGACACUCAGGACAUGAAAGCAGUGUUAAGUGGCAUUAGUCGAGUACCGGAAGUCUUGCUGUUCCAACAGUAUGUUGAAUGCCAUGAUGAUGUGAAGGAUCCAGCUGUAGUCAGUCAGAUGGAGGAUAAGAAACAUCACAGAGGCGAUAGCCGUGGUGUCCCAAACUCAGUGGACCCAGGUCCCUGUGAAGUAGACUUCGCCCCCUGUAGCUGUGAGACAAAACCCUGUGAACAUGACAGCGGUGUGCUGGUGGAUGAUGUGGAGGAUAAUCCAGUCAGGAAUGACUGUCAGAGUCUCCAUCAGAUUGGGUUGAAUGACCUUGUUGACCAGGACCUACUGGAUCAUCAUCAUACUCCCUGCCAGAGCCUCCAUCGGGUCGGGCUGCGUGACCUAGUGGUGGUCUCACAGAGGAAGAGCCUCCAUGACCCCAGGCCUAUCCCCUCUAUCCCCAACCACACAGAGAGACCCAUCCACCUCAUAGGCCUUACUGUCAAUGAUAGGGCCAGGUCUGAUGACCUCAUAGGGCUCCCGGCCAACGAGCGAGAGCAGCUGGAUCUCAACGGUCAGACCAAGCCGGCUAAGAUUCCCAGUAGCUCGGAGUCAGGGUCAGGCUCGGGGUCAACCUCAGGGUCAGGCCUGUCCUUUAUGAACAGGAAGGUGGUGGAGGUGGUGAAUAUGUCUGUGUCCUGUGCUCCGACCUGUCUUCCCUUCUCCUCCGUCCUCCGGGACUCACCGUCCAUUAGCGGCAUCUCCACUCGACAAGCCGCAUCCCCCAUUACCCAUCAGCCUCUGGGGUCCUUCGGCAUCAUCUCCUCAUCCUCGUCCAACUCCCUGGGGACAGACGACGACACAAACGAGAGGAUGCUGCAUUUCUACAGGUCCAAAGAGGAUCUGGUGAAAGCCCUGGUGUUCCAGGCAACCCUGUACAGUGACCUCCCUCACCUGGCCUCCGACCUGCCCUAUUUCCCCCCUGAGGAGGAGGAUGAGGAGUUUGAGGAUGGCAUACACCUGGUUGUCUGUGUCCACGGCCUUGAUGGGAACAGUGCAGACCUUCGCCUGGUGAAGACCUUCAUAGAACUGGGUUUACCAGGGUCCAGACUGGACUUCCUCAUGUCUGAGAGGAACCAGACGGACACGUUUGCAGAUUUUGACACCAUGACGGACAGGCUAAUAGACGAGAUCAUCCAGCACAUUCAGCUGUACAACCUCACCGUCGGACGGAUAAGUUUCAUCGGUCACUCUUUGGGGAACGUGAUUAUCCGGUCGGUGCUGACAAGGCCUCGGUUCCGCUGCUACCUGGUCAAGCUGCACACCUUCCUGUCUCUGUCUGGACCACACCUGGGAACGCUGUACAACAACAGCACGCUGGUCAGCACAGGUCUGUGGCUGAUGCAGAAGCUGAAGAAAUCUGGAUCGUUGCUGCAGCUCACCUGCAGAGAUCACACCGAUCCUCGGAAAACCUUCCUCUAUCUUCUCAGUCAGAAACCAGGGCUCCAGUUCUUCAAGAAUGUGGUGUUGGUGGCAUCGCCUCAGGACCGAUAUGUUCCCUUCCACUCUGCAAGGAUAGAGAUGUGCAGGACUGCACUCAAAGACAGGACCACAGGUCCAGUGUACACAGAGAUGAUCAACAACCUACUCCAGCCGUUGGUGGGGGCUAAGGACUGUUGUCUGAUUCGCCAGAAUGUGUUCCACGCCCUGCCCAACACCGCCAACACUCUGAUUGGCCGAGCCGCUCACAUCGCUGUGCUCGACUCUGAACUCUUCUUGGAGAAGUUCUUCCUGGUCGCAGGGCUCAACUACUUCAAAUAGAACUUAAAACUACUUCAUAUAGUAAUUCAAACUACUUUAAAGGGAUACAUCAGGAUUUUCGACAAUGAAGCCCUUUAGCUAUUUCCCCAGAGUUAGAUGAAUUUGUGGAUUCCAUUUUUAGGUCUCUGUGUGCAGUUUGAAGGAAGUUGCUAACUAGCAGGAGCACAAUUGCAAACUAGCAUUAGGGCAAUGACUGGAAGUAUAUGGAAACUGCUAGCCUGCUAGUUGAUACAGCAGACUUCCAGUCAAUGGGCUGACUCCAGUUAGCAUUGGCUCGCGAAACUACCUCUGACUUCCUUCAUACUGGAUGCAUUGACAUAAAAAUGGUAUCCACUAGUUCAUUUGACUCUGGGGAAGUAAAUAAAAUGCUUAAUUGACCAAAUCCUGAAGUAUCCCUUUAAAUAGAGGCUCAAAUAUUUAAAAAAGUAGAACCACUACUUCAAAUUGAGCUGUAGCUAUAGAGAAACUGGCUCAGAGAGGCUCUAGGUGUAUAUGAAGACCUCUUUGUUGUGGUUAACAGGAUAGAAGGAUUUGGUGAGAGAAAAGGGGUUGCACCAUGACUAUGUACAGUGUAUAUUUAAAGUAUGUAUACCUAUGUUACCCCUGUUGUCAAAGAGGUGGUCAUAAGCUCUAUACAUCCCAUCCAUAUUAACAGCUGUAUACAAGUAUGUCAAGUGAAACAACUGACGUGGCGCACCGUGUGGCUCAUACUGGUGUUGCAUAGGCCUUAUGAACCCCUUCAUCCCUUACCCCUCAGUAUAUUGUACAACUAAUGUUCAUCCCAAAGCACUACCAAAUCAAGAACAUUUCAUUUUGGUAUGUAUCCUGACCUGAAGUGGCUAGUCUGAAUGAAUCACUGGACGAAGGAUCUACGAAUCACUGGACGAAGGAUCUACGAAUCACUGGACGAAGGAUCUACGAAUCACUGGACGAAGGAUCUACGAAUCACUGGACGAAGGAUCUACGAAUCACUGGACGAAGGAUCUACGAAUCACUGGACGAAGGAUCUACGAAUCACUGGACGAAGGAUCUACGAAUCACUGGACGAAGGAUCUACGAAUCACUGGACGAAGGAGUACAUGUAUGCAUUUGUUUAAAAAAAGAAGGAGAUAGUUGUUUGGAAUUUCACUCCGUAAUUGUAAAUGUUAUAAUACACGUAUCAAACUCCACAUAGAACUGUGGUGAUGUUAUAUUGUACAAAUGUUUCUUUUUACGAAAAUUAUUUAUAUAUCAUUUUAAAUGAUGUAUUUUAAAUUAUACCAUAUCCAUACGUUUGUCAGACUAUGACCAUUGUGUUGUGGAUUUUAUAUCAUACAAUUUCAACACGUAACAUGAAGGCCAAAUCAAGAGGUGAACCUUCUAUACAUACAAUGCCAGAGAAAGGUGGUCUAUAUAUUUCUUGUAUACGUUUAUAUACAGUAUAUUACAUAUCUAAAAUAGUGUAUGCUUGUUGAAAGCAUUUAUGUGUGUCCAUCAAACUGCUGAGUUGAGUUGAAGGCUUAUCAACCUUGUAAUGCCUUUGUGUUCUUUAAAAUAAGGUAUAUCCCAACUUCCUUCAUAAGCUAUUAUGUACCUUCUACCGACUAUAGUGAUCCUAUUGAGAUAUGAGUAUUACUACUACUACUAAGAUAUGAGUAUUUCUAUACUGAUAUAUGAGUAUUACUAUACUGAGAUAUGAGUAUUACUAUACUGAGAUAUGAGUAUUACUGCAACCGAGUCCAUUGUGUAAUUUAUCUUGGUUGAUUAAUAUUUGAAAUAGAUUUGAAAUACAGAAUCAUGAAGUAUGAAUCACUAUGGCUCAUAUCCCUUGGAAAUGACCUAUAGAUCUCUCUCUGAUUUCUCAUACUGUACGUGCGCUGCUUUUAGAGUUAGAUUUUGUAUGCAUUGAACCUUUAAUGUCGCUACCUUGUCUGUGCCAGGAACAGUAUAAUAAGGAGGGAGUCACCCUGCAUCCCAGAACAGUGUCUCUACUAUGGGCACUUACUAGUAGGUACUAUGCUUCUGUCCAUCGAGAUUAAAUGAAUGUUUACAUUUUCAUGUACCGACAGACCUGUAGUUAUUCUUUGCACUGGUUUGACUGACAAGUACACUUUAUGCUGGACGUUUACAGCAAGUAGACCUACAGAUACACUUGCUUGACGAAGUCCUUGCACUCCAACAUUGUCCUUCGUGUAUUGCUGUUUCAAUAGAUUUUGUACAUAUUCCGUUCUCCGCUCGCGGGUCAGCUUUCAAAGAUGUGUCCAUGCAGCUAGCGGCAAGCGACAAAGCUUGACCUUACUCGUCUCCUAUUGUAAUGUCCCAUCUCCUGGUGCUCUGCUGUCACUGUCAUUAAGCCCUUUCCUAGUGUCCUUGCAGUGCAAAAUGUGACAUCUCCAAGUCGUCUCCUGCGGCUGCUCUGUUUGCUGCAGUGCUGACUGGUAAGCAGAGUGUCACUGGGAUUGACUUUAAUUAAAUGGCUUCCGUUAAGACGUACGCGCACACACACACACACACACACACACACACACACACAGCAAUAGAAAGGGGGCUGGGUUGUUCCCGUCAGGACAAUGAGGGAAUGGCUGGUUGUGAAUGUCAGCAGUGUGGUAGAGCUAGCAGACUUCACGCAUAAUUUCCUUCUGACAUCCCUCUUGCCCGUUUGCUUUUACCCCCAAAAGGGCCAUGAUCUGUUUGUUUAAAGGGCCAUGAUCUGUUUGUCUAAAGGGCCAUGAUCUGUUUGUCCAAAAGGCCAUGAAAUGUUUGUCCAAAGGGCCAUGAUCUGUUUGUCCAAAGGGCCAUGAUCUGUUUGUCCAAAAGGCCAUGAACUGUUUGUCUAAAGGGCCACGAUCUGCUUGUCCAAAGGGCCACAUAUUUCGUGAAUUAAAGAUUUGAGUUUUCAUGCUCUCCAAGGGCAGGUGUGGAUUGGGAUUUUAAUAUUCAUGCUUUACAGGUUGUGUGGUUUAAUUCAUUGACAUGUCAUACUAGUUUUUUGUGAGCUUCUGUGUUUUCCCUGAAGGUACAUAAUACAGUAGCUGUAGGCCUACAUGGACUUUAUGCCUUAUGUUUCUUUGGUUUAGCAAAACAUUCUGAUGGGAAAAAACUUGCCUGCUUCACACAGUCAGAGAGGGCUGCUGUUCUGGUGCUGUUAUGAAGAGAAACACUUCCCAUUUCAAAUGAUUUAAAACAUUAAUAUUUUCCUACAGAAGACAUGACUUACCUCUGUCAGCAAAGCAACCCCUGAUAUGUUGACUGAACUUUUUCUAUUUUAUUUGAUUAUUAUUUGUCAUUGGGAGAGUGAAUCGUCCUUUGUUACACUGUUUGUGUGUGUGUGUGUGUGUGUGUGUCACAGGAGGUUGGUGGCACUUUAAUUGGGGAGGACGGGCUCAUAGUAACGGCUGGAAUGGCAUACAUGGUAUGGUAUCGAGCACCAUUCCGUUCACUCCAUUCCAGCAAAAUGAUUUGUCGUCCUCCUCUCAGCAGCCUCCUGUAGUGUGUGUGUGUGUGUGUGUACACGCGUGUGUCCUCUGUGUGCUUUUGCAUAAAAUGCUCCAAGGCAGCUUUGUGACAUGUUUGUGUAGUGGUUUUAUUUAUUAUCAUCGUCUGUCUGCUGAGGAUUAUGACCCAUUUCCAGCUGUUUGGUGUGAAUGUUCCAUAAAAACAUUUGACUUGUGAGUGACAUUGUAUUUAUUUAUUCAAUCAAGUAUUUUCUUUUUUGCUAACAAUAUAAUAGAACUUAAUCUGUGCCAAUAAUACUAAUCUAAUAUUUUUCUAAGUUUGCUUACUGUAUGUGUUCCUUAGUAGCUUGUGCCCAUGUAAAACAUAUACAUACAUAUAUUUCAGAACAUUAUGAUAAACAAUAUCAAUAUUAUAUUAUAAUAAAAAAAGUAUGUUUCUUAAUGC